UAUGUUUUUGCGUUGCGGUGCGUGCGGAUAGUUUCCCAGCCUUCCGCAGCCGGUCGCUCUAGAUAUUUAAUUUUAGGUUUUAACUUUUAUCAGACAAAUUUUAACUGAAAAUGUCCUCAAACUUUGCGUCGCGCUUCCUCGUGUUGUCGUCCGUUGGAAUAGGAAGUUAUUUCGUGGGUACGUUGGUCGAACGAAGGAAAAACACUGACUCAGCUGUGUGCCAUCGGGUAGCAGAGCAUCAUGAUUAUGUAAACGACCGGACCGCCGCCGGUAGUCUGCUACGGGAACUCGUUGCGAAGCCAGGUUUGCCCAUAUUCGGCACCGUGUCUGCUGCUUCGCCCAUUCCGGCCGAACAGAAGCCCGCCAAUGUGAGCCGCAUCGGGCAGAUAAUGAAGUUUGGCUUUCCGGGGCUGGACAAUGUGCGAUCGUACGACGAUUAUGUACUUUCCUAUGACCGGCGGACACGGGUGGCCCACUGGGUGUUUGAGCACUUGACGGCGGAAUCGGUCCGGGCGAACGACGCGGUCGAUCGGUCCAAAUGUGAUUUCAAGCCGGACGAAAGCAUACAUCCGUUCUUCCGGUCGUUGAACUCCGAUUACAAAGGGUCCGGAUUUGAUCGGGGCCAUUUGGCAGCGGCCGGGAACCACAGGAUAAAUCAGCAGCACUGCGAUCAGACGUUCUUCCUGACUAAUAUGGCACCGCAGGUCGGUGUGGGCUUUAACCGGGACAAGUGGAACCACCUGGAGCGGUACGUGCGUAAGCUAACGAAACAAUACCAGAACGUGUACUGUUGCACCGGUCCGCUCUAUCUACCCCGCAAGGAAGCCGAUGGCAAACUGUACGUCAAGUACCAGGUCAUCGGUGCAAGCAACGUGGCCGUUCCGACGCAUUUCUACAAGGUGGUUGUGAUGGAAUCCGCCGACCACAGACUGGAAAUGGAAGCCUACGUACUGCCGAAUCAGAAAAUUGACGACGAGACUCCGCUGACCAUGUUCCAGGUUCCGCCGGAGACGAUCGAACGGGCAGCCGGACUGCUCUUUUUCGAUAAGAUCGCGCGGAGUCAACUGUCUCGGAUCAAUGGUAAGAAAGUUUAG